GGCUCGCAGUGAGACUGUCCCUGUCACUGGCUACUACUCCCGGCUCCUGCCCGCCGCCGCGGCAGCCCCGCUCCGAGCCCGCCCUUUGCAGCUGCAGCAGCAGCAGCAGCAGCGCCGCCGGGCAGCGGGGGCCCCAGGCCGGGCGGCCGGGAGGCGGCAGCAGCCCGCGCGCAGCGCCGCGCCGCGCAGCAUGGGGCUGCUGGAGCGGACGAGGAAAGAAUGGUUCAUUCUGGGGAUCGUGCUGGUGAUCGCCGUGGCUAAGCUGGAGCCGGCCAUUGGGGCGAAGGGGGGACCACUGAAGCCAGAAAUUACGAUAACAUACAUUGCAGUUUCCGCUAUAUUCUUUAACAGUGGACUCUCAUUAAAAACUGAGGAGCUGACAAGUGCUUUGAUGCAUGUGAAACUACACCUUUUUGUCCAGAUCUUUACACUUGUGUUCUUCCCAACAGCAAUAUGGCUUUUUCUUCAAGCAUUAUCAGUCACACCUAUAAAUGAAUGGCUUUUAAAAGGUUUGCAGACUGUAGGCUGUAUGCCACCUCCUGUAUCUUCUGCAGUGAUUUUAACCAAAGCUGUUGGUGGAAAUGAGGCAGCUGCUAUAUUUAACUCAGCCUUUGGAAGUUUUUUGGGUAUCGUUAUAACUCCACUGCUACUGCUGCUUUUUCUUGGAUCAUCCUCUUCUGUGCCUUUUACAUCUAUAUUCUCACAGCUGUUUAUGACUGUUGUAGUUCCUCUUAUUAUUGGACAGAUUGUCCGAAGACGCAUCAAGGAUUGGCUUGAGAGGAAGAAACCUCCAUUUGGUGCUAUCAGCAGCUGUGUGCUUCUGAUGAUCAUCUAUACAACUUUCUGUGACACUUUCUCCAAUCCAAAUAUUGACCUUGAUAAAUUUAGCUUGAUUAUAAUAGUGUUCAUAAUAUUUUUUGUUCAGCUGAGCUUCAUGCUUUUAACUUUCCUCUUUUCUACAAGGAAUAACUCUGGUUUCACACCAGCAGACACAGUGGCUAUCAUUUUUUGUUCCACACAUAAAUCCCUCACCCUGGGGAUUCCAAUGCUGAAGAUAGUAUUUGCCGGCUAUGAGCACCUAUCUUUAAUUUCCGUCCCCUUACUUAUCUAUCACCCAGCUCAGAUUCUUCUUGGCAGUGUGUUGGUACCAACAAUAAAAUCUUGGAUGGUUUCUAGACAGAAGGCACUGAAGUUAACAAGACAGCCCAAAGCACCGGUGAAGGUAUAACAAUGGAAGGAGUCCGUGUUUCAGUUUAUGUAUAUAUGUACUAUACUGUACACACAUAGACAAUUGAGAAGACUGGUAUUUGUGAAUGUUGCUUUAGCGCAUAUUUUAUUUUUAUAUCUAUAUUAAAAAAGAUAUAUCUGUUUAAGUGCCUUAAAAAUGCAUUUUUGGCAAAAGCAUUGUUUCCAGAAGCCACUUUGUUAGUUACUGCAAGAGAUUGUACAGUAUUUUGUAGUCAUUUAGUUUUUAUUUUUCUAACAGAACAAAUUAUCAUAAUUAAAAGCUGUGUUCCCUUCAUCACCUCUCAUUUGAAGCUAGGAUGCACCACCUGUAAGUUAGUGUUUUAAACUAGCUAAAAUGACCCAGGGCACAUCCCUCUGCUGGCUAACUUUAGAGCAGUGCUUUCUGAAGUUCUGUUCAAGAUUAACUUGAAUUUCUAUGUGAUUCUCUUAUCCUCCCUAGUCAUAUGACUGUGACAUGCCUUUUUCUUCUGAGUUUGUGUACACUCAGCAUGGGGCCAUCCAUUGGGUAGGAGCUGAGAAGCAUAAAUUAUUUGCAUUUGUUGACACAGUUGUCUAGACAUUCCUUCAAAGUUAAUGGUUUCUCAAGAAAUUUCUUUCAGUUCCGUAUUAUGAUAUCGUGGCAUUGUAGAUCUUAAGUGCAUCAUAAGCUUCUUCAAAGAAAUGGUCUGGUGCUUGGGUUAUGAGUGAAAUAUUUGCGUUUUGCAGCUAAGAGGGUUUUUUAUUAUUUAUCCAAGGUGAACAAAAAUUUUCUUUCUUUUUUCUAUUCUUUCUCCCAAAUGCAACACAGAGAUUUGCAGUGACAGAAUUUAGUUGCUAUUUUUUAAAUAGAAUCUUUACCAUAGUAAAAGCAAAACUAAGUUAUAUAUUGCCAUGUUAAUAAACCUCAUGAGAACAAGAAAGUUGACAGUUUUUUUCUCUAAUUGAGAAGGUUGUAAGGCAAAUUAAGAAGGAUGCUUCUAACAACAAGAACAUUAUCAUGGUUAAUUUGACAAUCAAAUGCAAAUAUUUUCUUUAAAAAUAUAGAUUUUUUUUUAAUAAACAGAGAAAAGGGACCAAGGAUACAUGUAUGCCCAGAAAGAAAGGAGUACAGGUAUAUAGUUGAACACACAACAACAAGCACCUUAUUCAAAAUGUCAGGCAAUUAGAAUGGGUGCAUUAACAUGGACUCUAAGAUGUACCUAUCUGCUAGAAUUGUGGUAGUGACUGUCCAUUAAAAAUAAAAGGAAAAAAAGUAAACUUAGAACAGUAAAAUAGAUAAAAGUACAGAGUUCAGAGGUAUCCUGCAUGUCACUAUUCCCCUUGCACUCAAUUGCAUUGCAAGUACUCACUGCAAACACAAAGGGGAAGAUCCUCAGUUUGUUUCCGCCAUAGCUCCAUUGAGCUAUGAACGUUUAUACCAGCUGAUGAUCUGUCCUAAGAUGCCUGGGAUACAUGUCCCCAUGUGUUUGUCAAAUUAUUUUUAGCUGUACCUCUCCUGUUGUUCUUGGUUUAACAUAAGAGGAUUCCAUUCGGUGCCAAGCAGAGAUGCCUUGUGUUAGCAGAGGUCUGUAGUAGGCUGCUCCAUUGCCAUUGAGAUUAAAAUAUCAGACAUUAUUACUGGUUGUCGGUGAUGUGUUUUGAAAUCAUCAAUCCCUGAUCAUAAAACAUGCAAGCAACAAAGAUCCUGCAAGGUGUUGAUGCCCUCAGUUUCCAUUGACUAGAGUUGACCCAAUGAAACGAAACACGAAUGAGAGUUCAGGGUGCUCAGCACUUUGCAAGACUGAGCCUGUACUGUCUAAGCUUCUUUUCAGUUGCAAAGAAUGCACAGAGCAGUGGCCAGUGAGCUCAAAGAUGUUUUUGACAAGUGUGCCUUUAGAAGUGUGCUCAAACCCAGUUACGAAAGUAGAUCAAACAUAAGUUUUUAGAUCCAAAUCAUUAGCUUCACUUUAUCAAACGUUUUCAAUAAAGUGGCUCCAUAUGCAUCAAAAUUCCUUUACCUAAUGCUUAAGAACACUGAGAGCAGCCAAGGGUUGGCUAAAGGGCAUAGUUCCAUUCUAGCUUUUUUGUUUUGUUUCCAUGAAUCUGUCUGUGAACCCUCAAAGUAUAAAAAGGCCUGAUCCAGCUCCAAUUGAGAUCAGUGAAUCUUUCCAUUGGCUUUAAUAGACAUUGAAUCAGGCCCAAAGACAGCAUGAGUUUGUGGUUGACUGUUAUAAAUUAUUAAAAGAAUUCUAGCACACACACUUGCUUUUUCCCCGUUCAUUGGUUGUGUCUUGUCUAAACAGUCAAUACACUGCUAAUAUUCCAACUGAUCUACCUCUCUGUACUGAAUCUAAUGCCUUCGGUACAUGCAACAACUAGUUUAGAUUCCAUUGAAAAUGUCUGUCUUUGUUAUAAUUUUACUGUGUUAAAAAUAUUCUUAAGACUAUUUUCCAGAUAAUUUUGUUAGAUCCUUUAGUGUAAUUAGUGAUGGUUUAGAGCAGCCUAAAUGGUAUGUUUAUUCCUGUUUUUACAUAAAUUAAUGUUGGAUGUAUUGUUCUGAACGAGAUAUAAAGCAAAUCUGAAAUACAUUUUUAAAUCCAUACUUAGUGGAACUUAAUUAUUCAUAUCCAAAAUAUUCUGUUAUGUUUAAAGAUGGUUAAGCUGUUCAUUUUAUGCCUUCAAUUAUGUUUACAUGUCUUUAUAAAAGGAACACAUGGGACUUAGUUUUGUUAAUGUGAAAUUAGGGGAAAGACAAACUUCCUUAUCAUCUGGGUCUGUGUUUUGGGGCUGGGGGGGAGGGGUUGUAAGUUGAAGUUUCAUUCUUUUAUCAGUGGAUUUUCUGCAUGUUCCUUUUUAAAAAAAAGUGAACAAUUUUUAAAAAUAUUUUACUAAUUAAAUUGAAAAAAGUUCUUUGUCUAAAGACAGUCUUUUUCUUAUUGAUAUAAAUAACUUCAAAGACCUGUUUUUAUGUAGCAGAAAAGGUGAGAGCCAAGCAGAGGAUAUGGCACGUUGUAGUCAGAUUUAAAGAAAUUAAUUGAACAUAGUACUGUUUUAUAAAUAGAGGAUUAGAAAACUUUCUGAAUGUUUCUGGCCUUGGCUUCAAAUUUAUUGGGAGAAAUACAGCAGUCUAUAUUCAGACUAAAACUCCUUUUGAUAUAAAUGAUAUUUUUGGACUAUGUUUAGGACUUCAGGAUUCUGCUCACUCAUUAAUGCCUUACAUUCUGCAUAUCUGAGGCUCCAUAUAUUACUGUCAAUGCAAAAAAAAAAUUACACAUUGUAUUGUCAACUCUAGGUAUCAAGAGUUAACAGAACAGCUAAUCAUCUUAUGUGUUGGAAUAAACAAAGCUCCAAAGCUAAAAGAGUAUAAUGGAUAUGUUCAAGUCAAAUAAUUUUCUAAUUCUUUUGAAAUCCUGAUCCAAUACUUUUUUGGUUUUUGUACUUUCUGUGUCAGUUGCUUAGUUUGUGCGGCACACAGGCUAAAAGAGCAGCAGUCCCAGCAGAGACUGAUGACUUGUAUCCAUCCACAGAGGAAUUCAGCAGUUUGGUUUCACAAAAAUACAGUUGUAUAAAUUAAUCUGGUGAACAGGGAAAGAGGAAACCUUUGUAGUAUACUCCCUAAUCACAAUUUUCACCUUCAGUUGUACAUGUGCAUGAUUUUAUGCAGGAAUGGAAUAGAAACCAGGAUAAAAAAUUGUGUGUAUACGUACAUACAUACCUCUGUGUGUUUAUGCAUACAUCUCUGGAGAGAAACAAGUCCAAAAUAUGUAAAUGUUUGCAAAUCAUGUGUGGAAGAAUUGUUUCUUUUUUUUUAUGUUAUUCUGGCAUUAAAAAAUUAAAUACAAAAAACACUGGAUUGAUUAUGGGUACUUGUCGGUUCCACUAUGUGUACACAAACCGACAAAAAAUAUUUCCAUUGAUGAUAAUCAAAAUAUACAGAUAGGCAAAUUAAGAAAAAAUGCUGCUUGAGAAUUUAUUAGAGUUUGAUUUAAGGAUAUUUACUUUGUCUAUUUUGACAUGUGAUGUUGACAAUUUGUGUUUUAGCUGUUAUAAAACGUUAAUUUUUUGAGUCUGUCUACUGUCGUUAAAUAAUUGCCUGACCUGCCCUUAAUUUCCC